ACGAGCCCAUGACGAGCACAGCAAAACUUUCACGGUAAAGCUUCUCCACAAAAUACUUUGGCGCCCACAAAAACCCUUUCAAAACAACACUUCCCUCAUUCGAUUCAUCCUCAGUGACCUUUUUCUGUGAACUCGCUCUCUUCCGGGCUCAAGAAAUCCAUGGCAAUGGAGCAGCAAAGAAACCAGAAGGUGGUUCCACAACAGGAGGAAACAGAAGAGAUGCAACAUGGUCCGUUCCCGGUUGAACAGCUUCAGGCAUCUGGCAUUGCUUCCGUCGAUAUAAAGAAACUUAAAGACGCGGGUCUAUGCACUGUUGAAUCUGUUGCUUACUCCCCUAGGAAAGAUCUUCUUCAAAUCAAAGGAAUCAGUGAAGCAAAAGUUGACAAGAUCAUAGAAGCAGCGUCCAAACUGGUGCCUUUGGGUUUUACUAGUGCUACCCAACUCCAUGCGCAGAGGCUUGAGAUUAUUCAGAUAACAUCUGGAUCAAAAGAACUUGACAAAAUCUUGGAAGGGGGAAUUGAAACAGGAUCUAUUACAGAGAUAUAUGGCGAGUUUCGCUCUGGAAAAACUCAGCUGUGUCACACACUCUGUGUCACUUGCCAACUUCCACUGGAUCAAGGAGGGGGUGAGGGGAAAGCAAUGUACAUUGAUGCUGAGGGCACGUUCAGGCCACAAAGACUCCUACAGAUAGCAGAUAGGUUUGGACUGAAUGGUGCUGAUGUGUUGGAGAAUGUGGCCUAUGCUCGAGCAUAUAAUACUGAUCAUCAGUCGAGGCUUUUGCUUGAAGCAGCUUCAAUGAUGGUGGAAACGAGGUUUGCUCUUAUGAUUGUAGACAGUGCGACUGCUCUGUACAGAACAGAUUUUAGUGGAAGGGGAGAACUGUCAGCCAGGCAAAUGCAUCUUGCAAAGUUCCUUAGGAGUCUUCAGAGGAUAGCAGAUGAGUUUGGCGUGGCUGUUGUCAUUACGAACCAAGUUGUUGCACAAGUGGAUGGUUCAGCCAUGUUUGCUGGACCUCAAAUCAAGCCUAUUGGCGGUAACAUUAUGGCUCAUGCCUCCACAACAAGGCUUGCUCUUCGGAAGGGCAGAGGAGAGGAGCGCAUCUGUAAAGUGAUAAGUUCUCCUUGUUUGGCUGAAGCCGACGCACGGUUUCAGAUAUCUGCCGAAGGUGUAUCUGAUGUCAAGGAUUGAUCCCCCUCGUUUCAGUCAUCAUCCCUUAUGCUUUUCUUUUUUUUUGUAAGGUCCUGCUCAUCAGUGUGUUUUGUAUCCGGCAAUUUAUUACAAGCAAAGCAUAGGCAUUAGGCACCAUCAUUUUUGUAGAAUGAGGACGCCAAGUUCUUUUUAAUGGAAAUUUUGUGGUGUUUGCUGUUUUGUAA